AUGUUUUCAUUUGUUCUUCUAUUUUACAUUCACCCUUUCUUUAUUUUUCUUUUCCAAGCGCAUUUUAGCUUCGUAGAGUUUUUUUGUUCUUGCUCUAUUGAUUACUUCUUUCGUUCCGUGUACAUUUGUUCUCUUUCUCUUCCUUCCAUUUUCUUUCUUUCUUUCUUUCUUUCUUUCUUGCUUGCUUGCUUGCUUUCUUUCUUUCUUUCUUUCAUCGUUUCGGUCUUUCUUUUUUCUUUCUUUCUUGCUUGCUUGCUUGCUUUCUUUCUUUCUUUCUUUCCAGUUAUAAUACUUUCUUUUUUCUUUCCACUUUUUUUUUCUUUUUUCUCCUUUGUUUCUUCUUUCCUUCUUUACUACUCUUUAUUUCUUCGUCCCCUUCUUUGUUUCGCUCUUUUUUCUUCAUUCUUUCAUUCCUUUCUUUCUUUUAUCCUUCCAUCCCUUCUUUUCCUUUUCUUUCUUUCAUCCUUUCUUUCUUUCUUUUCUUUCUUUCUUUCUUUCUUUCUUUCUUUCUUUCUUUCUAUCCUUGUUUCGGUCUUUCUUUCUUUCUGUCUUUCUUCCUUCUUUCUUUCCUUCCUUCUUUCUUUCUUUUACUUCUACAUUUUACUUUCCUUUGAUUAUGUCCAUAACUCUCUAUUCUUGUUUUUAACUUGUAUUUUCUUUUCCUUUCUCUUCACACCUAUCUAUCUAUCUAUCUUUCUUUCUUUCUUUCUUUCUUUCUUUCUUUCUUUCUUCAUUCCUUACGUACUUUUUUUCACAGAUUUAUUCUUCCCUUCCUUUCUUUCGCCAUUCUUUUCUUCUUUGCUUUUUUUUCUUUUCUUUUUCUUUCCUUCUUUCUUCUUUUUUCUUUUUUCUCCUUUGUUUUUUCUUUCCUUCUUUACUUUUCUUUCUUUCUUCGUCCCCUUCUUUCUUUCUUUUUUCUUCAUUCCUUUAUUCCUUUCUUUCUUUUUUUCUUUUUUUUCUCCUUCCAUCUCUUCUUUCUUUCUUUCUUUCUUUCUUUCUUUCUUUCUUUCUUUCAUCGUUUCGGUCUUUCUUUCUUUCUUUCUUUCUUCCUUCUUUCAUUCUUUUUUCUUUUUUGUUCAUUCCUUCAUUCCUUUCUUUCUUUUAUCCUUCCAUCCCUUCUUUUCCUUUUCCUUUUCUUUCUUUCUUUCUUUCUUUCUUUCUUUCUUUCUUUCUUUCUUGCUUGCUUGCUUUCUUUCUUUCUUUCAUCGUUUCGGUCUUUCUUUUUUCUUUCUUUCUUUCUUUCUUUCUUUCUUUCUUUCGUUAUUCUUUCUUUCUUUCUUUCUUUCUUUCUUUCUUUCCAGUUAUAAUACUUUCUUUUUUCUUUCCUCUUUUUUUCUUUUUUCUCCUUUGUUUCUUCUUUCCUUCUUUACUACUCUUUAUUUCUUCGUCCCAUUCUUUCUUUCGUUCUUUUUUCUUCAUUCCUUCAUUCCUUUUUUUCUUUUAUCCUUCCAUCCCUUCUUUUCCUUUUCCUUUUCUUUCUUUCAUUCUUUCUUUCUUUCUUUCUUUCUUUCUUUUCUUUCUUUCUUUCUUUCUAUCCUUGUUUCGGUCUUUCUUUCUUUCUUCCUUCUUUCUUUCUUUCUUUCUUUCCAGUUAUACUAUUGA